GUCUAUUUCAUAUCAGUAUACCCAGUUGCUAUAAUGAGCUACAUAAAUAUUGCCUUGAUCCUGUCAAUAAUCAUAAUCACAUUUGCUCACAAGAAAGCAUCUUGUGAUGCCCAAAUCACAGAUGUGACCUCAUCAACUGGCAACAAAUUUGUGAUUGGUUUUCCUAGAAAUUUUGGUCAAACAGCAGAUCAGUUGUUUUUGUUUAUCACAAACCCUGAGUCAAGUGCUGUUAGUUUUACAGUCACUCCAAUUGAUCUGAGCAGGAACAUUUCUAACUCUUCAACUACGGUAAUCAUUCCAUCCAGUUUUGAGGUUUUCUCUGUCAAUGAAAGGAACAAAGGGAUCCUUGUUGAAGCUGACGGAAACGUCAACGUGUUUGGGAUGUCUUUUGAAGACUUUACUGCAGAUGCCUACUUAGCAUUACCCUGUACUGUAAUGGCAGUGGAUGAAUACGAAUAUUAUGGAAUCUCUUAUGACAUUUUAGCUAGUACCCUUCCUAGUGUGAUUUUGGUGGUGGCCUGUGAAAAUGGAACUGUUGUUAAAUUCGAUUCCUCAACAAUAUUACUCAAUAGUAUGGAAACAUAUCUGAUAGCAAGUGAUACUAAUGAUCUCACAGGAACAAGAAUAACUAGCUCCAAACCUUUGUCUGUGUUUAGUGGAUCUGAUUGUGCUAACGUUCCGACAGGUAUAGGCGGUUGUGACCACCUGGUUGAACAAGUGCCUCCGACUGUGACAUGGGGCUCAAAAUUCCUCGUAGCAUCUCUCGAGGGUAGAUCUUCUGGUGAACGUAUUCGUGUUUUUAGUGCCCAAGCAACAAGUGUAGCUCUGAACUGCAACACUGUGAUAUCAGUCAGUGAAUUCCAGGAGACUGGAGGAGAAUUUGAAAUCCCUAUUAAUAGUUUCUGUAGCAUUGAAUCCACUUCUCCAGUACUGGUCGCACAGUAUGCAUAUGGUAGUCAGUCUGAUCGCGUAGGAGACCCAUUCAUGAUGAUAAUCCCUCCAAUUGAGCAGUAUACAAAUAAUUAUAUUGUCGAAGCGUUUCCUCUUUUCGUAUCCAACUAUGUCACGGUGUAUGUUUCUACUGAGUGUUUUCAAAUUGAACAAAUAUUAAUGGACAAUUCUAUUGUUACUGACUGGCAGAAUGUUACAUGUUUAAGUGGAGAGGUUUGUGGCCACAUAAGUAGAAUGAAUGUGUCUGCUGGAGCUCAUUCUAUCCGCCAUCAAAACAGCUCAGCAGUUCUAGGUGUUUCAGUGUAUGGAUUCAGCUCUUCCAGUUCUUAUGGUUACCCUGGAGGCAUGAGAUUAUCUCCCAUACAAUGCAACUGUGGUCAAAAUUCUAUUUGUUUGAAUAACAUGGGACAGUUUAACUGUAGCUGCUUGAUUGGAUUUAGUGCUAUAUUGUCUGAAUCUGAUGAAUUCAUCUGUAAAGCCAUAACCUGUCCUCCCUCGACUGCUCCUUCCAAUGGCUUUGUCACAUACAGCUCCAUGGCUGAUGAAAGUGGCAACUAUGCCUUUGAUGUGGUGGCUACCUACAGCUGUUUCACUGGGUUUUCUCUAGUCGGGGACAAUACAAGGACUUGCCGUGGAGAUGGCAGUAGCACUACCGGUGACUUUAAUGGAAUUGAUCAAACUUGUGAACCCAUAACUUGUCCUCCAUUGAUGAGCCCAACCAAUGGCUUUGUGUCUUAUGGCGGAGCUGUUACUGAUGUACAUGGCAACUUUGAGUUCAAUGUAAUGGUUAUCUACUUGUGUGACACUGGGUUUGCUUUGAUUAAUAGCGGCUCAAGAACUUGUACCGGAGAUGGGACGAGUGUCAAUGGUGGCUUUAAUGGAACGGCUCCUACUUGUGACUCUAUAACCUGUCCUGCUGUGGCAGCGCCAAGUAAUGGCAGUAUUGACUUUAGUGGAGCCUCAUCAGAUGGAAACAGCAGCUAUGCGUUUGAUGUGGUGGCUAAUUACUAUUGUAACACUGGGUUUUCUCUGGUUGGUAAUAGCUCGAGGACGUGCACUGGAGAUGGCAGUAGCACUACUGGUGCUUUUGAUGGAGGAGCUCCAACUUGUGAACCCAUAACCUGCCCUGGUGUGCCCACGCUAAACAACGGCAGUAUUAACUUUGGUGGAGCCUCACCUGAUGAAAAUGGUAACUAUAUCUUUGCUGUGAUGGCUACCUACAAUUGUGACACUGGGUUUUCUCUGGUUGGUAACAACUCAAGGACUUGCACUGGAAAUGGCAGCAGUAUUAUUGGUGCCUUCGAUAGGUCAGCUUCAACUUGUCAGCUUAUCACCUGCCCUCUCUUAACUAUUCCUUCCAAUGGUUCUGUGACAUACAAUAAUUCUACUGCUGAUGAAAACGGCAACUAUGCUUUUGAUGUGGUAGCUACCUACAACUGUGACACUGGGUUUUCUCUGGUUGGUGACAACUCGACAACUUGCACUGGAGAUGGCAGUAGCACUAAUGGUACCUUCGAUGGCCUAGUUCCAAUCUGUGAAGCUAUAACAUGCCCUCCACUUUCCAAUCCAACCAAUGGCUCUGUGUCUUAUUCGAAUGUGCCUGAUCAAAACAACAGCUUCUCUUUCAAUGUAAUAGCUACCUACAGUUGUAACUCUGGUUUUGCUCUGGUUGGUAACAAGACAAGGAAUUGCUCUGGAGAUGGCAGUAGCACUAUUGGUGAAUUUGAUGGAUUGGCUCCAACGUGCAAAGCAAUAACAUGUUUUCCUCUUGACGAUCCAAUUAACGGAACUGUAAUCUAUUCUGCUGCCGCUGAUGAAUUUGGCAAUUAUGCUCUCGAUACCAUGGCUAACCACAGUUGUGACACUGGGUUUGAUCUGGUAGGUAACAACUCAAGGACUUGCAGUGGAGAUGGUAGUAGCAUUACUGGUGCAUUUGAUGGAGAGGCUCCAAACUGUGAAGUUGUAGAGUCCUCAUCUUCAUCACUGAUCCUCAAUGUUGUCCUACCUGUUGUGAGUGUGUUGGUUGUACUAGCUCUAGUUGUACUGGGUGGAGCUGUUUAUGGAUACAUUCAAGUCAUUACUCAUUUGUUGAAGUUAAAAAACCAACAAACUGGAAUUGCUAAAUUGAUUUAACUAUAAUUAUAAUAAUUACAGCUAUGAGUCUGUGCAUCGAUUAAGUAGCGCAAGAGUUAUUUCUGCAUGGACAAAUUAUAUCAUUUUUGUGACUAUAAAUUGUCUAUC